GCGGGCCCGGCCGAGGCAGCGCCGGCAGAGCGAGUGGAGCGCUCCGGGGCCCCGGGUGGCGGCGGCGGCGGCGGCGGCGGCGUCGAGGAGGAAGGCGGCGGCGGCCCCAGCGGCUCCCUCCCGGCCGGCGCGCGGCCCGGCCCGUCUCGCGAGCUCGCGGCUGCCCCGCGGCCCAGCGCGCCCCCGACCCCGGGCCCCUCCGCCGCCGCCGCCGCCGCCAUGGCCAGGCCGCUUGUGCCCAGCUCGCAGAAGGCUCUGCUGCUCGAGCUCAAGGGGCUGCAGGAGGAGCCGGUCGAGGGCUUCCGCGUGACGCUGGUGGACGAGGGCGACCUGUACAACUGGGAGGUGGCCAUCUUCGGGCCCCCCAACACCUAUUACGAGGGCGGCUACUUCAAGGCACGCCUCAAGUUCCCCAUCGACUACCCUUACUCCCCGCCAGCCUUUCGGUUCCUGACCAAGAUGUGGCACCCUAACAUCUACGAGACAGGGGACGUGUGUAUCUCCAUCCUCCACCCCCCAGUUGAUGACCCCCAGAGUGGGGAACUGCCCUCAGAGCGGUGGAACCCCACCCAGAAUGUCAGGACCAUCCUCCUGAGCGUGAUCUCCCUCCUGAAUGAGCCCAACACCUUCUCGCCAGCCAACGUGGACGCCUCGGUGAUGUACAGGAAAUGGAAAGAGAGCAAAGGGAAGGACCGGGAGUACACAGACAUCAUCCGGAAGCAGGUCCUAGGGACCAAGGUGGACGCAGAGCGCGACGGUGUGAAGGUGCCCACCACGCUGGCCGAGUACUGCGUGAAGACCAAGGCGCCCGCACCUGACGAGGGCUCAGACCUCUUCUAUGAUGACUACUACGAGGACGGCGAUGGGGAGGAGGCGGACAGCUGCUUCGGGGACGAGGAGGACGACUCUGGCAAUGAGGGGUCCUGACAGCGCGCGCCCCACCGAAAUAAACUUACAGAGUUUUACCUCACUGGGACUGGACCGAAUGGGCUUCUUAGGUGGCAGACUCUACCUCACGGGAGGUGUUGUGUUGGAUCCCACCCCUCUGGUUGUUUCAGUUUAGGUCUUUUUUCCUUCCCUGUAUUUGUUCUGGGUUUUCCUCUGCUUCAGAGAAGAGGGGCCGCCUGCCUUGCUCUGGGACCCUGGUCCGGCUGUGGCCACUGUCUCCCCUCGGGAGGGCAGCAUGGCCCUGACUGCUGCUUGGACGCCUUGACUUCGGGGACUGGCCACAGCCCAGAGGAGCCACAUGGAGCCACAGAUGGGAACGUGUGGGCGCCAGCUCCCUGCCGCCACUGAGGGCCAGGCAGCUCCAUGGCCUGGAGCCAAAGACUUGGUGUGUUUCCCAGCUCAUGAGUGGACGGAUUAGCUGUGGCCGCCUCUUCUCUCUGCUUUGGUUUGUUUGAAAUCUAAAUAAAACUACUUUAUGAGAA